AUGGCCAACGGUCGUGCUGAACAACAACAGGCUGACGACGUCCAGGUCUCCGAAACGAUUAAUUCUGCUUUGGACCAGCUUCAUCUGGACGACUUGUCCGACACCAGUCGCACGCCAACUUCCAAACCAGCAGAGCCUUCCACCGCAGCUACUUCGUCAAAUAAUGUUUUCCCACCCCCACCGCCAUUGAUGGGUAUGGGGUUUAUGCAUUACCACCACAUGAUGCAUUUGCCUCAUUCUCCGGGAUUCUUCCAGGCUCCAGGAUCGUCGGACCCAUUCCAAUCCGGACCUCCAGCAGAUUUGACUACAUCGGUCGAUUCUGAACCCAUCAUGUUUGCUAACGCCCACGCUCAGCCCCAGACAAAUUCUACAGCUGCGGCAGCUGGUGACUCACGCGGAAAUGUGCUUGAUAUCGGCUUUUCUACCAACAUGGACCCUUUUUGGCCUUCCAACAAGCAAGAUUAUGGUCCCGAUUAUGCACUUAUGUCGGGAAAACUCCCAGAAGUUCCGCAUGGGUCAAGAAGACAAACUUUCCCCGCAGUGUCAGGUAACGAGUUGUUGGGUGACGACAAUUCUGCUAUAAGAACUCAAAGCAUAUCUCUGGAAAAAGCUGAAACAGACUUACAGCACAUACCAAAGCCUGCAGGAAACCCUGAGGCUGAUCUGCCAAAAUUAAACUCCAGUUCUGUGCCCUAUUCAGCUGCUGCAUAUCCAUACGGCGGUCCUCUCGUUCAACCAAAUCCCGUUCUUUCGGGCCAUACUCCCCCUGGAAGUACUCCCGCCUACGGUGUACCUUCUCCUUUCCAUGCAUACGGAUUCUCUUCACCAUUUCAAUCCUUUUCACCAGUUCCUGGUAACUCUUUGGGGGGUAGCUCUGUCAAUAUGCCAUCUCCAGCCUCAGGAGACCGGGACAAGGAGGGACCUGUUUCCGAAAAAGCAGCUUCUCCAAGGGCUGCCUCUUCGCAACCAAUGCCUCCAUGGAUGUAUGGUAAUCACCAUCCUUUUGGUCCAAUGGUUCCAAUUCACCACCAAAUGAUGGGACCUCACGGCAAUAACAACGGCAAUAGUCUACAUCCAUCUCACUCCCAUGGCAAUCGUCAUCCAAUGCACUCUCGUCGACACAAAGGUAACCACAAUCAGAAGCCUUAUCACCGCAGGGGAGAAGAUCCAGCAAAGUACGCCAAUGCGAAGCUCGAGGACUUUGUAGGCAACAUUCUCUCUCUUUGCAAGGACCAACACGGCUGUAGAUUCUUGCAAAGACAGCUGGAUAUUGGAGGACCUGAAGCCGCGGACGUUAUUUUUGAAGAAACAAAGAGCUACGUGGUGGAACUGAUGACUGACUCUUUUGGUAACUAUCUGAUUCAAAAGCUUUUAGAAAGAGUGACUAGCGACCAAAGACUCGAAUUAGUGAGGUCAUCUGCUGAAAGUUUCGUUUACAUUUCAUUAGAUCCGCACGGUACCAGAGCUCUACAAAAAUUGGUCGAAUGCAUUUCAUCUGAGGAAGAAGCGCACUUGAUAGUCAACUCUUUGAGAGGUUCUAUUGUAGAGCUGAGCAGAGAUCUGAACGGUAAUCAUGUGGUUCAGAAAUGUUUGCAGAAGUUGAAGCCCGAGGACUCUCAAUUUAUCUUCGACGCGGCAACUGACGCAUGCGUCAAAAUCGCCACACAUAGACAUGGGUGUUGUGUUCUUCAACGUUGUUUAGACCACGGUAAUCGUAAACAGUUCGAUCAGCUUUGUGAGCGCAUCAUCGAACAUGUGGAAGAAUUAACGACUGAUCCUUUCGGUAAUUAUGUUGUCCAGUACAUUCUGACCCAACAGUCAGAACGAUCCGAAUUUGACUUCACUACUCAAGUGGUCGCUUUGAUCAAGCCAAGAGUCAUCGAGCUAUCAUUGCACAAGUUUGGUUCCAACGUUGUCGAAAAGGCCUUACGCACUCCCGUGGCUUCGGACAUCAUAAUCAAUGAACUGCUAACACAUGGUGCCGACGCCAAAAUUGAGCAGCUCUUACACGAUGGGUAUGGUAACUAUGUCUUACAGACAGCCCUGGAUGCCGCACGCGAAAACAAAGACCUGUACUACCGGCUGAGCGACACUUUGAAACCUCACCUGGUAGGACCAAUUAGAAACACUCCUCACGGAAGAAGAAUAAUGGGUAUUCUGGAAACAGAAUGA